AUCUGCGAGAAAGAAAGAGAGAGAGAGAGAUGAGCAGAGAGACUGAGAUUGCGUGUGCGUGUUUCUCCGUGUGUUUGAGUGUGUUGGUGGUGCUGGGAUUCGGACGACAUGAGCUCUACAUGAAUCGUGUAAAAAUGCUUUAAGAUUUUUAUAUUUGACCCCUCCGAACCGAGGACGAGCCUGAAGCGGAGCCGUGUAUAUAAAAAUCCAUCACGACCAGGUACAAUACUGUCUUAAGCCUGCAGAGGCAGAAUGCCGGAGCAGAGCAACGACUACCGUGUGGUGGUGUUCGGAGCGGGAGGGGUGGGGAAGAGCUCCCUGGUCCUUCGCUUCGUUAAGGGCACGUUCAGGGACACCUACAUCCCCACGGUGGAGGACACCUACCGGCAGGUGAUCAGCUGUGAUAAAAGCGUGUGCACCCUGCAGAUCACAGACACCACAGGCAGCCACCAGUUCCCAGCCAUGCAGCGCCUCUCCAUCUCCAAGGGCCACGCCUUCAUCUUGGUCUACUCCAUCACAAGCAAACAGUCUCUGGAGGAGCUGAAACCCAUUUAUCAACAGAUUCUGGCUAUAAAAGGCAAUGUGGAGUCCAUCCCCAUCAUGCUUGUGGGAAACAAGAGUGAUGAAACCCAUCGUGAGGUUGAGACCAAGGACGGGGAGGACCAGGCCAACCGCUGGAAGUGCGCCUUCAUGGAGACGUCGGCCAAGACCAACCACAAUGUCACAGAGCUCUUCCAGGAGCUCCUUAAUCUGGACAAGAAGAGGAACAUGAGCCUCAACAUCGACGGCAAGCGCUCUGGGAAGCAGUCCCGCGCAGAGAGACUGAAGGGCAAAUGUACCGUGAUGUAGAUCCGGGAGAGGAGAGGAGAGGAGAGGAGAGGAGAGGAGAGGAGAGGAGAGGAGAGGAGAGGAGAGGAGAGGAGAGGAGAGGAGAGGAGAGGAGAGGAGAGGAGAGGAGAGGAGAGGAGAGAUAAAGAAGAAGGACAGGACAAAGAAGAGACUCUUUGUAUCAAAUCAAAGCAAAAAUGUUGCGAUGGCAAUAGGAAUCCUACUAUCCACAUCCUCCGUUUGUUUGAGUUGGGAAUUCAACAACACAACACAUCCGGACGAAGGAGAUACUCAGAGGUGUUUGGCUGAGUGGGUGGAGGUGAGAAGGUGGCACAAAAUCAAAGAAAUGUUCAGUAGACAAGUAAAGAUGGAAACACCGAGCCUAUGGAGAUUUGGAUGAACUACGUGCAGUAAAAUCUCAGAAUGAUCACAUUAUGGCACCAUAAUCAAAACAGAAUAAAGUUCCCUGAUUAGUUGAAACCAUUUAUUAUCUCAUUUGGCCUCUAAAUCUGUGCUUCUCUGCUCACACCUAGACUCUUCCUCGGCCUCCCAUCACUUCCAUCUACUGCAUUUCCACUAUUCCAGCAACUUUAGAAAAAAGCUAUUGUUUAUUUUAUUUAAGAUCAGUCAUCAGGUAAAAAUGUAAUUGGUCCAUUAUGCUACUAAAUGUGGGAAUCACACAUCUGAGACUGCCAGCAUGAGCAGCACUCAGCAGAACAUACAACCCAGGCACGUCCCAGAGCCACAACAGUGGACUUUGAUGUAUAUAACCAUGGAGAUGUGUAAAUAUCUUCCAUCUAGCCUAAACAUGUUCAGCCUCAACUCACAGUCAGUCCAGUCACAGAAACGGAGCAACUCAAGUCUGAAACAUUAAUGACUCAUCUCAUUGUUCCUCCUCAAAGAUGGAAAAAAAGAUUCAUUUAUCAGCUGGUCUUGUAAAACACUUAUCAACCAAACCUCCAAAAAUCAUCAUCGGAAAUGAGGAUGUGUCUUGUUGUACACUAAAAUAUGCAACAAUCCUUUUAAAACUUUCAGAAAGUGCAGAAUAACAGAGGAGGAGGAAGAGGAACUCACGUAAGGACAGAGGAAAAACAUGGCUGCCUUGUAUACUAGGAUGGUACACUUGGAUAAUCAUUGCCAAGCUGGAAAGAAGAAUGGAAACAUGGGAAGCGGUCAAGAAUAUCAGCUUGCUUUGGCACUUUUCAUGUGAAAAUUUCUCUUUAUGCCUUUUUCUUGUCUGUUUGUUUUAUAAUGAUCUUUAAGAACCAUGCCAAGUGGGAAAGAAAUCCUUAAAUUCAAAGCACACCUAAGGAGGGAAAAAAUAGGAUGACAUAAAAAAACAUGCUCCAUGAAGAUUAUUCAGUGAACUGCAAAUCUUGUUUCUCCUUUGCUGGUUUGAUUAUAAAUACAGAGCAGACAAAUUUGAACUUCUGGUACAGAUGUGUUAAGACGCUUUAAAGUAUAACCAGGCAAUGGAAGAGGGCGCACAAGCACUAUAUAAAAGAUUUUUAUUAUUUUUCCGUCAUGAAUACGUUUUUUAUUGCCUGUAUGUAUAUGCAGUCAAUGGGAAGUUGGGACCCACGUGUUGAGUAGGCGCCCCCUGCUUGGUGCUUAGAAAAGGCAGAUUAGGCUAUAUUUGCUGGCUGUAACACUGAGCCCAUGUUAGGUGAGGUAUAAAUUAUCUUGUGACUUCUUCGCUUCAUUUAGCUGGAGUGUCUGAGCUCUGCCUUCAGCUAAGUCCAAUUGGGAAAUCUUGCAAAAUUACAUUUUCACAACUUUCACUGUAGCGGAGGUUUGGGAUGGGAGAAGUAGAGGCUCGCCCAUUGCACCAUUCAUGCUAAACAAUUGCCAAAAAAUAAAGACAAGAUUUUAAAAGUUUAUUUAUUCAGAAUCACUAAUACAGUAAAAUAUGGAUUUAUUUUAUACAUCUUUUACCGGGGAUUUGUCUGCUACUGUAUCUUCAUCCAUUUGUCCACAAAUGGGAAGCAGAAGACGGGAUACGCACGCAUGUAAGAAUCACGCAUGCAGUUGUCAAUAAGAGCAAAUUGCUCUGAUAGUCACUGUUUACUAACUACAUGAAGGCAAAUAGGGCUCACUCAGCUUAAAUGCCCUCAUAUUGCACUUUAUAUCACAAUUACACUCACACAUAUUUAAUUUGCCAUGUUUCUCCACCUAAAAGAUCUACUGUAAGUCCAAAGUGUAUACAUAUAUUAAGAGAGUUAUACACACAUACACCCUUUUCAUGCAGGAGUUUCUUAAAGUUGAACACAGGACAACCGAAAGCACAAUACAUUUUCCGAACAUAUCUUUCUGUGCAUUUUUCAUGUUUUUGUUUUGUUUCGAUAUCUUUUGUUAUCUUAGUGUAAUGUCAUCAAAGGUUGCUGUCAUUCUCAUUGUUCUAGUUGUCCAGUACAUUAGCACAAUGAAGUUGUGGCUCUGCUGAGCAACAGGGUAUUGGUUGGCUGUGUUUGCAGAGCGUAAUCUGAGCUGGGUGAUUCAGAGUAUCUGUUCACUUUCUCUCCAUUUUCUCAGGUUAGGCUUUUAACAACAAUUAGUGUCAAGGAUAACCUGCUUGUGUACUUUUUAAACCCAAAGACACAGAUGACAACCCAUUUUAACUGUAUUCAUCCCUCAUUGGGGAGGAACAAAAAAAAAAGAAGCAAAAAGCACAGCAACUGUUCCUCGUCCGUCUCCACCUCUGUGUUUUUGUGCAGCAGGACCAACGACUGGGCACUUUAGGGGGACAUUUUACUUGAAGACCUGCUUAUUAAUCAGCACAUUUAAAAGCAUCGAGUGAAAUGACCUGUCAGCAUACCCAAACAUGCUUCAAAUGCGUAGUUAUUGUAAAUACGCAUUGUCCUUGUGGACUGAAAAGCGCUUCAAGUAAGAUGUUGCCCAUGUAAUAAAAAAGCUGUAACACUAUCAUUCUGGAAAUAAACUCUUUGUAAGCAGGAAGUGCUGGUACUCUAGUUGCAAUGUACUGUAAUUUUCUGUUUAAUAACAUUGCUCAUGUCAUCUUGCUAAUGAUGCAUCAGCUCUUCAGAUUUUUCGGUUAGAUGCAAAGAUGUGAAUAUGUAACUAGUAGGUUCCACUUCAUGGCUGUUACUACUUUUUUUUUCUUUUUCUGAAUGUAUUUGUUGUUAUUGCUGUGUUGUACUUUGCACUAAUGUGAGGUCCUCUGAAACUCCAACAUUACCUUGUAAACGUACCCUUUACAUGUUAAAGGCCAGGGAUGCUUAGCUUAAUUUUCAUUUGUAACAUUUUUUGAGACCAGAUAGAUGGGGUGCAGCUGACAGGACAUGCGCAAUGAUUUUUAGGCCCACCUCUGGGAACCGAUCUAAUCUAAUAGAGGCACAUACUGCAUAAAAAUCAGCUUGACACGCCUGGUUGAUUUACGCAAAUGCCAGGUUGCGUGCGCAUGUUUGUGCAAUCUGUUGUUCUGCUGACGUUAACAGGAGACUGCUAUUGUACACGUCCCUGCAUGGAAUAUGAUACACCGGAGAGCAGGUGGUGGGGGUAACAAUGAGGCAGCAUGUGAGAACUGGAUGGAUGGCAGAACAGGGGAGCGAGGGAGGCAACCAGGCUAUUAAUAAACAUGGUGUGAAAAUCUGAAAUUCAACUGUGCUCGCCAGGGUCUGUGUAGGGUUCAGUUGAGCUCCCACGAGUGAAAAGAAAUGGUGUUCACGUGGAGCAUAUGUGGACUGAGCGAGUUAAAUACUUGAAAGAAUCAGUACCCAUCCAAUCAUGGCUUGUGUCAUCUCAUUUAUCUGCUCAUGUGUCUGUGCAUAACAGUGAGAUCAUCCAUGUAUGUGCACUUAGUCACCUUUUUGCAAUUGUACACUUCGGCCUGCAUGAGUUGGUUGUUAGCACACCUGAGUGUUGUAUUUUCUGUUCGGACUAAUGAUAUGUUUGGCAUUUUUGGUUUACUGUUGGAGAAUGCCCACAGGUUCUGCAAGGGGCAUCUGGUGCAACACAACAUUACUCACAGAGACACACAACAGCCAUACUGGAGGUAUAGUCCUGGUUCAAAAUAUUGUCUUUGCUGAAUAGGAAGGAUGCCAUCUUAGCACCAUUAAUAAAUGCAAAUAAACCAGUUUUGUAUAAUUAUGAUAUUUUAUGCCACUGUUCUGACAUCUGACCUCCAAAUUGGACUUAUUAGAACAAGACAUUUCUAUUACUUUUAGUAAGUUAAUUUAUUUAAGCAUAAAUAUUAAAACCUAAUAAAGAAAACAAAAACAACUUGGAUAGUAAGGGAUGGGUAUUAGUCAAUAACAUAAUAUUUAAAAAUUAGGUUCUUUAAGUAUUCGUUUUUUUAAGUAUUAGUUUAUUUAGGUUUGUUUGUAUAAUGUAAGAUGUGGUUAAAGAAUAAAAAAGGAAAACCUACCCACAGUAAAGCAUGGUGGAGGUUUAUCAUGCUGUGGGUUUUUUUUAUCUGACAUUUAGGCAAUUGAAUGCAUAAAAUAAAUUUUCAAAAAUGGGAAAGAAAUCAUGAAUUGUCAGAUUUUUUGUUUAGCAAAAAUCCAGAAUCGAAAUCAAAUUAGAGGACAAAAUAUUACAUAAGUAUGGUUUACAUGACAUCCAUUCAAAAGGUUCGUGGAGAGGGAGCGAGAAGUCUCUGACGAUGUUCAGUGCCCUCUUCUUGUAGCGGCUUUGAAACAAAUCCAAGCCAUAGGGUAGGGACAGCCUAAGGGUCUUUUCAGCUCCUCUCACUGUCUUCUGCAGGCCCCUCUUCUCUGCCAUACUGCAGCUGGAGAACCAUGCUUAGAUGUGACCCGGAGUCAGAAAAUUAGGCUUUAAGUGAAGCUUGUCAGUCGUUGACAAGAUAAUGAAUCCAAACUCAAAAUGCUUGAAAGGAAAAUGAUGUAGUUAUUCUCAAAAAAAUAUUAUGAAACAGGUUCCACAUAAUUGUAUUUUGUUAUUUGAAAGCAAAAAAGAUGAGUUAAUCUUACUUUAUGAUGUUAUGUUUAGUAGAAUAAAUCAAUUCAACCCAACAAAAACCUUAUGUGUUAACUAAAAAUGAAAUGUUAACAUUUUUUAGCUUUUUUGAGUAAGCAAUAUCCCACUAUAGCAAAAAUAAAAUCGGAAAUCUUUAAACUGCUUAAAUGGAAAAGUGUCAGAAACCAGUAGACAGAGCCAAGAAAUAGCACAAUAUUUACAUCUUUUCAUUGUUACCGCUUUCAUUUAAAUUCAGUUUUGUUUAAAACAUAUGAAAGAUACAAAACUGGUAACAAAAGAUUAUGUCUGAACUUGUGACUGAUAUUAAAACAGAUUCAAAUCAGCAACGCUUGCAAAAAUACACACACACACUGCAAAACCUACUUUUUUCACUUCAUUUUUUUCAUCUCCUGACCAAACAUCCGCUGUUUGUCUAUGACAAAACUGACCCUGUUCAAAUCAGAUUAAAGAUAGCUGUAAAUAAUGCUCAAAGGAUAUAACAUUUCUAAGAAGGAAGAGGAGAGUGAAGGGAUUUUGGGUGAACUUUCUUUUUACUGUCCAAUCAGGCAUGGACUUUAUGUUCCGGCUAGGCAAUUAACUACUUACAUAUCUUUAAAAAGUGAAAUCUACAGAGAUCUAAAAUGUUCAAAAUCAAUGAGUAAAUUACAUAUUUUACAGUAGUUAAUAGUUAAAAGUAUUAGUUUUGAUCAAAUUACAGAUUAAACACUGAGCAACCUUGUCAAGUCUUAAUUAUAGUUUUUAAUUACAUUAGUUUAUUACAUUAAACUCUCAACAUUAUUUGUAUUAUUAGAUAUUUUUUUGAUAAAAGUAACGAUUUGGGGCUGUAUAGACAUUGUUAUUGGUGGCAAACAGAUACUGUAGUAACCAUUGGUUAGCCACAUGUUUCUGGGUACUUUCUGCUCACGAAAGGUUUCACAAUGCACAGCCUAAGAGACUUUGUUCCAAAGCAGCAUGAAAAUGAUUGAUUAAGAUACAUUACAAAAUACGUUACAAACGUUGUGGUUUAUUGAGCCUCUCUCUCCCAAGAAAAGCCAGUUUAUAAUCCUGUUCAGCUGAGUUUCAGAUGAAAAAACAGAGCUGCAGGACACAGAUUUAAAAAAAGAAACAAGCCCACCGACUCCUGCUGACCUCUCCAUGAUCUUGUAUGAUCACCUCCGAUCCUCAUGGGCUGUUUUGAGCAGGGCUCGGGGCGUGAAGUGGUGGCACAUUGACUUUGCGGAUCAUGUAGUUUGGUAGUAUCCUGUCGCUCUGGCUCUUCAUUCCUGCAUGGUCCCUUUUGGUGUUCCAGCCAGCAUGAGAACAAGGACACAAACUGUGAAAAACAUCUUUGUGAUUUUAGCAAAGAAAUUCUUUUUUGACAGUUAUGGGUUUAAUUUUGGCAAAUAGUUCAAUCCUUUUUAGCAUUUUUCCUUUUGUAAAGUUUUUUUUUUUUCUCUUUUUGGAACUUUUUUUCAUUCAGCCAAUUUUAAUGUGUAGAUAUUUAUUCUAGCAAUAGUCUUCCUAUUAAGAUAUACUGUGCUGAUGCAUCCUCUGAAUAAUGGAAACUAGCAUAUAGAAAUAAAUAUAUAAAUAUAUAUAUAUAUAUGUAGAUGACAAUAAUCAAUUCUGCAAAAUGAUUUUCAUAAUAAAAUUUGAACUGAGCAGUGUA